AUGGCAUGGAAGAUUCCAGAACUGUUGGCUGCAGGUGUGGUGGAUCGCAUGACCGUGCUUGUGCUGGUGAAUGCCAUCUGCUUCAAAGGCUCCUGGCAGGAUGAAUCAGAAAAGAAGAAACCAGGACGCUCCACUCAGGUUGAGAAAAAAAUGGUGAAAAUGAUGUACCAGGAGAAUUACCUUCCAUUCGGCUACAUCCUGGAGCUCCAGUGCCGCGUGCCGGAACUGCCAUACAAGGGCGGGGCUCUCAGCAUGGUCAUCCUGCUGCCCGAUGACCUAGAGGACGAGUCCAAGGGGCUGGAGAAGAUCAAGCAGCAGUUGACUUUGGAAAAACUGUGUGCGAAUAUGGGUCAUAGGGAUGUCUGUGUCCACUUGCCCAAAUUCAAGCUGGAGGAGACCUAUGAUCUCAGCUCCCACCUGGCUCGCAUGGGUGUGGGAGAUCUCUUAAGCAGCAGCAAGGCUGAUUUGUCUGGCAUGACAGAAACCAGAGAUACAUUUGUAUCAAAAAUUAUCCACAAGUCCUUUGUGGAGGUGAAUGAGGAGAGCACAGAGGCAGCAACCGCCACAGUUGUCAGAGCUAGGCCUUGCUGGAUGAUGCAAGUGCAAAAUUUCGUUGCCAACCAUCCAUUCAUCUUCAUGAUUCGUCACAACUCCUCUGUCCUGUUCUUAGACAGAUUGUGUUCCCCUUAG